AUUUUUCAGCUCCAAAAAACAAUGAGACAAUCAGGAUAACUUUACUAGCCUUAAUAGGAGUCGCUCAUCCUAAAUCUAAAAGGUUGCAGGUUUUCAUUCAAGCCUACCAGCAGCACACCUCAACUAGUCAGUCACUUGAAAAUAACAACCGCUGAUUAAACAAGUUAAAUCAGGUGCUUCUGCUUGAUUGGGCUGCAACUCUGCUGCCUCACUGACCCUUUACAGAUAAAAGUGUCAAAGAUAUUGUUAAAUACUUCAAUACAAAUACAAAAUAUUUGGAUUUUUACAAGGAUGAAUAGCUUUUGAAAUGAGUUUAAUACAGAGAGCAGUAGGUGCACUUUGGAAUCCUGUAAUUCAGUUGGUAGAUAUCUGCCACCUAGAGGUCAAAACGUAAAAGUACAUAAAACAAUGACCCUGUAUUUGUGGGAGUUGCUUCAUCAUGUCUCUCAGCAGAAACGAAACUAAUGCAGAGCUGCUUCAUAAACGGAAGUCAGUUCUUCCAGCACGACACAGGUUCCAGUCUGAAGGUUCUCCAGCCAUGUGCAUUUUGCUAUAAGGUAGUACAGUUGUCAUGGCUUCCUCCAGCAGUCUCCUGUCUGAAGAUCAGCUCCAGUGCUCCAUCUGUCUGGAUGUGUUCACUGAUCCAGUCUCUACACCAUGUGGGCACAACUUCUGCAGGGUCUGUCUCAAAGAGUACUGGGACAGCAGUUCACGCUGCCAGUGUCCAGUCUGUAAAGAGGAAUUUUCCGAAAGGCCUGAGCUGCGUGUGAACACCUUCAUCUCUGCACUGGCUGCUCAGUUCAAGAAGUCAGUUCAGCUCAAAUCCAGCAGAGCUCCAGAGGAACACCCAUCUAACCCUACAAAGGUUCUGUGUAACUACUGCAGUGAGGAAAAGCUGGAGGCUGUAAAGUCCUGUCUGGACUGUGGAGUCUCUUACUGUGAGACUCAUCUGACGCCUCAUAAAACUGUAGCUAAACUCAAGAAACACAAACUGAUGGACCCUGUGGAGAACCUGGAGGACUACAUCUGCCAGAAACAUGAGAGACCCCUGGAGCUGUUCUGUAGAGACGACCAGAUGUGUGUGUGUCAGUUCUGCACUGAAGGAGACCACAAGACUCACAGCACUGUUCCUAUAGAGGAAGAGAUUGGAGAGAAGAAGGAUCAAAUGGGAAAGAUACAGGCAGAAGUUCAGCAGAUGAUCCAGAACAGACUGAAGAAGAUUGAGGAAAUCAAACACUCUGUUGAACUCAAUAAAAAAAGCACAGAGAAGGAGAAAGCAGACAGUGUGGAGGUCUUCAGAGCUCUGCUGCGCUGCAUUGAGAGAAGCCAGGCGGAGCUGCUUGAGGUGAUGGAGGAGAAGCAGAAAGCAGCAGAGAGGCAGGCUGAAGAGUUCAUUAAAGAGCUGGAGCAGGAAAUCACUGAGCUAAAGAGGAGAGACACUGAGCUGGAGCAGCUCUCCCACACUGAGGACCACCUCCACCUCCUACAGGUUUACCCGUCCCUCUGCAGCCCUCCACACACCAAGAACUGGACUGAGGUCAGGAUUAACUCUCAUUUGAGGGUGGAGCCUCUGAGGAGAGCUCUGACUCAGCUUCAGGAAGAGCUCAGUAAGGAGAUGGAGAAGAUUCCUGAGAUCAAAAUAAAGAGAAUUCAGCAACAUGCAGUGGACGUGACUCUUGAUCCUGAUACAGCUCAUCCUAAACUCCUCCUGUCUGAUGACGGGAAACAGGUCACAUGUGGAGACAAACGACAGCAUCUCCCUGAAAACCCGGCGAGGUUUGAUUAUUGUGUCUGUGUCCUGGGAAAGGAGGGGUUCUCCUCAGGAAGAUUUUACUAUGAGGUCCAGAUCAGCGGGAAGACUGAGUGGGAUCUAGGAGUGGUCAGAGAGUCCAGUAACAGGAAUGGGCAGAUUAAAGCCAGCCCUAAGAAUGGAUACUGGACUAUAUGGCUGAGAAAUAAGGCUGAAUAUCAUGCUCUGGACUCUCCCCCUGUCCCCCUCUUCUUGAAACAGGCCCCCCAGAAGGUGGGGGUGUUUGUGGAUUAUGAGGAGGGUCUGGUCUCCUUCUAUGAUGUUGAGUCCAGGUCUCAUGUCUACUCUUUCGCUGGUCAGUCUUUCACUGAGAAACUCUAUCCUUUCUUCAGUCCUGGUCUUAAUUAUGGAGGUAAAAGCUCAGCACCGCUGAUCAUCACACCUGAUGAACGUUACACAUGAAUAGAAUAUCCAGGACAUCUCAAAAUGAAGGGGAUGCACAUUUACGAUGGAAUCAGAUUGGCAGACAGUGAUUCAGUUUCAGCCAUAAGCUGUGGGGGAGGAGGGGGAAACCUGUCAGGCCAUGUCACCAAUAUGUUCGCCGUCUUGAGCUUGAGUUUUACAAAUGGGUAGGUAGGUGUGUGUCACAUCAAACGGGCAGAGAAUCUCACCAGAAAAACAGUGGUGUGCUUCAUGUCAACGUAACUUCAUUGGGUCUCAUGCUGAAGCAGUGAUUUUACAUGAAACCGGAAAAUUGACCAUAAGGUGUAUAGAAUGUGUUCAAUAUGCGGUCCACCAUGCUCGAGCUGUCCUUUCCUCCCAUUCAAACUUUCCAGCUGAAUGCUAGAACAAGCAUCAACGAUUCUGUCUUUAAGAUGAACAACACUCUUCACAGAGUAAACAAAUGCCUUGACAUGACCCCACAGAUAGAAAUCCAAAGGGUUAAAUAAGGAGAUGGUGGUGGCCACUCGAUUGGACCCAUACGACCGAUCCACUUUUAGGGAAACUGCACGUCAUGCAUUUAAUAACCUUGUGUAACGGCUUGUGCUUAAUGUUCCGCCAAAGAAGUAAGGAUCACACAGUUCGGGCACCUCACACACCACACCAUGCCGUGACUUUAGGUGAGAAAACCAAAUUAGAUGGGUCGGUCCAGUGAGGGUUUAGUGUCAGUGAUGCUGUUUCUUGUCCUCUCCAUUCACAGAUCUGCUUCAUCACUGAACAGCACUGAACAGGGUUUACGUGAAGUUGUUGCGUCACCCGUUCUACAAACGCUGUCCGAUGACCUGUGCUGUCCUCAGUCAGAUGUUGCAGCAUCUCAUUUGAAAUUUUGUGAGGGUGCCAUUUAUGGUCAGACAAAGUUUGUUGAACUGAGGCUAAGCCUCAGUUGGUUGGGUGAUGUUGGUUGAAGUCUUCUGUGAUGACACGUGUGCUUCGUCCCCCGGAAAUGAGGACCAUUUUAACAUGUUCUGCUUGGGAUAACGCCACUCUUCACAUCGCCUGUACAGAAUAAAAAUCACUGUUUUAACAUGGAAAUGAAUAAAGUUACGUUGACGUGAAGUGUAUCACUGCUUUUCUGGUGAAAUUCUCUACCCGUCUGAUGUCACACACCUACCGUCCCAGUUGAAUCCAAGACGGCGGCAUUCAGGAUGACCACCUUGUUGGUGACAUGGCCUUACAGGUUCCCCCAAAGCGUGUGUCUAAAACUGGAUCACCGUCUGCCAAUCCGUUUUCAUUUUAUGUGGGUGUUUCCUUUCUUUCGAUACACGCUGUAUUUCCACAAGUCCAGUUUAUACUGUCAGAUUAUAUUCUUCAGUUUAUGGCAGAGCAUAACUAAAUGUAUGUAAAAACAAACACACUACACAAUGAAAGCAGUGUAUGUAAUGAAAAGUGCAAGAACAGAAUAAAUAAAUGAAUCACUGGAGACA